AAUAUUCAUAGUAAAGCAUAAAAACGCUGAAGCUGAAGUAAGAUUUAGAACAGCCAACAAGCGUCAAUCCACCAUCACCACCAAUCAGUACCACCAUGGCAGCUCGCUCCCUCCUCUUCCAUCUCCGACGAAAAAGCAUCACUACUAAUAGCAGAACCAAAAUCGAGUUGAAAUCUCUUGCUUUCAGUUCAACAUCCGACGCUUUGAGAAAUGAAACCCUAGAACAUGAAGAUUCAUCUCCUCAAUUUCCCGACGAUUUAAAGAGUCGAAUCUUCCGCCUUCGACUCCCUAAAAGAAGCGCCACUAAUAUCAUCCAGAAAUGGGUCAAUGAGGGUAAUUCCGUCACUCUCCCUGAACUCCGACACAUUUCAAAAGAGCUCCGUAAAUCUCACCGUUAUAAGCACGCUCUUGAGAUAACAGAGUGGAUGGUUUCUGAUAGUGAACUUGAGUUAUCUGAUUCUGACUAUGCUGUUCGUCUCGAUCUGAUGACAAAAGUAUUUGGUAUUGAUGCCACUGAGAGAUAUUUUGAAGGUCUUCCGCAUGAUGUUAAAACAAGUGAAACGUACACAGCUCUACUCCAUUCUUAUGCAAGUGCUAAGUUAAUUGACAAAGCCGAGGAACUUUUUCAGCGAAUGAAAGAUUCGGGUUUAUCCUUCUGUGCCAUUACCUACAAUGAGCUGAUGACUCUGUACAUGUCUAUGGGUCAAGUGGAGAAGGUUUCUUUAGUUAUUGAAGAACUGAAAAACCAAAAGGUUGCUCCAGAUCUCUUUACUUAUAACCUUUGGGUAAGUUCUUGUGCUGCAACUCUCAACAUUGAAGGUGUGAGAAACAUUCUUUCUGAGAUGAGCCAGGAUCCUAAUUCGGAUGAUGGUUGGGUUAGGUAUCGAAACCUUGCUAACAUUUAUGUGACAACGGGCCAACUUACCUCUUCUGGUGCUAGUUCUCUUGUAGAAGCUGAGAAGAGUCUUACUCAGAGAGAAUGGAUUUCCUAUGAUUUUCUCAUCAUAUUGCAUACUAGUUUGGGAAACAAGGAUAUGGUUGACCAAAUAUGGAAAUCUUUGAGGAUGACUAAGCAAAAAAUGAUUGGUCGCAAUUAUGUGCCUAUUUUAUCUUCAUAUUUGAUAUUAGAGCAUAUGAAAGAAGUUGGAGAAGUCAUAGAUCAAUGGAAGAAUUCUACAACUUCAAUUUUUGACAAUUCCGUUUGUGAUAGAUUGGCAGAUGCUUUUGUUGAAGCUGGAUUUACAGAAAGAGCUGAAGCUUUCCGCUCACUCUUGAUCGAAAAAGAUGAUGCCGUUGAUGAAUCGAAAUAGGCAUAGCAUUGAUAUAUGCGCGGGGCUUUAAACUCCGCCUGAUCACAGUUUUGAUAUUAGCCCGACAGAUUUCAGAAACUUUUAACAAGAAUAUCCAGCUGAUGAAUUGUCACUAAUAAUUUAUACCUCUUGUAACAAAAUGGUUGAUCGUGAUUUUCUAUAUUAUUGGAAGAAUGGUUGAAGCUGUAUGUGUUUAAAGGGGUCGAGGAUCAUGCUUCGCUAUCAUAUCAGAAAAUUCCCGUCAUUAAUAUGCUAAGACAUUUGGGUGUACCAACUAGAAGAAAUUUCGUACACUAGUUGAUCAAACUUUUGAAGGAAGUGAUUUGGUGAACAAAAUGUCAAUCUUUCCUCUUUACUAAAGAAUAGAGAUUAUAUGUGACGAAAAGUUUUGGUAGUAAUGUUUGGUUGAAUUUCCUUUGA